AUGGGAGCCUGGAACAUCUUCCGCAUUUUGGGCGAUUGCCUACACAUGCUCUCCAAGGGCAUCCUUAUCUUCUCCAUCCAUAGAAACCGCAGCGCCGAAGGAGUCUCCCUCAUCACACAAGGGCUCUACGCCAUCGUCUUCUGCUCGCGAUACCUCGAUCUGUUCUCAGAGCGCUCGGCAUGGAACGCUAUAUUCAAAGUCACGUAUAUUGUAACGUCAUUCUACAUCUUGGGUGUUAUGCAAUGGCUGUUCCCUCGGUCUCGAGAACGUGAGAUCUCCUGGAAGCUGGGAGCCAUCAUUCUUGGUGGCAGUCUUGCUUUGUCCCCCUUUAUCAUGAUGAUUUUCGAAAGCAAGAGAAGAUGGGGAUUCAUGACUUGGAUGUGGGUUUUCUCUGAAAUCCUCGAAUCCAUCUGCGUUCUGCCCCAGCUGCUGCUUUUGAGACAGACCACAGUUCCCACCGUCAUCGAUUCGUUUUAUCUCUUGGCACUGGGCUCCUACCGGGCCAUGUACUGCGUGAACUGGUUCGUGCGAGAAAUGGACGUAAGCGACCGCCCGCCCGAUGCUAUUGCCGUCAUUUUCGGCAUCAUUCAGACUGCUUUAUACAUCGACUUUGCUUGGGUCUACUACACCAGACAGCGGGUUAAGCUCCGUGGCGGCGGUGUAGUUGACGCCGAUGAUUUGAACCGCGGAUGGUUCCUGUACCGCAUCUUUGGCAAGCACGCUGCGCCCAACGACGAGGAAGCUGGCCAUGGCGACGCGAGCGGCGGCCGAGCGAGAUGGGGAUCCCGUGGCAUCUCAGUCAGUGCCGACGAUGGCGUAUUGGAGUCGGAGAGAGACAAUCGUGAUCAUCACGAGGGUCUCGAUGCCGCGGUGGACCCUGAUGCCAGGAUGCACGACCCCGACGAGCUGGCCAAGGCCAUGGAUGAUGACGAUGACGACGAAGAUACGCCGCUGCGUGCUGGGAGCUCUUCCCAGACGCACACACCACCAGGAAUCCGAAGCGGGGAUGAAUGGGCCGAUUAG